UUUGGUCAACAUGGCCGCGUUUCAUGGAUUAGUUUCGUUUGACUGCGACGAGAAAUAGAAAGAGGGCUCGUUGAUGAAACGAGUUUCGAAUAUACUCGACGCGUUACGUUUCUACUGUACUAAACAACAUUAAGAUCAUAAAUCGGAUAAUGCAUUUACCAGUAACAUAACGUGCAAAUUACGACAAUUUUGACAGAUUUGAAGUUUUAACAAUGGCGGAAGAAGAGAAGCCAUUACCUCUUUCGGAGAAAGACGGUGCCUCUCAAUCAAAGGAUGUUUAUGUCCCAGAAGAACCAACAACAGAUGCCUCAAUUUCCUUAUUAGAUAUACAAAUGCCAGAGACACCAGAAAGUACCAAAGGCCAAAUAAGCGAUGGUGACACAUCAAGAUUGGAAAGUCCUAAGAUGGUGAAACCAGUGCUUGGUAAAGUUCAAGCCAAGAAGCGAUUGAUGGCAUUUGCUAACAAAUUCAAUGUACUACCAAAACCUCAAGUUAAAGCUAAUCUAUCUCAGCUUUCCACUGGAGCUUUAAAGACAAAAGACAAAGUGACACAAGAAGAUACAAGUAACAAAUCAAGAAAAAAACCAGAAGAAAAAAUUCUGGCUAUUGAAGAAAUUCGAAGGGAAGAAUCUAAAAGUAAAAUGCUAUUAGCAGAGGCCAUGGCAGCGGCAAGUAUGGAAGACGAGAAUCACACUGGAAAGAAUACAUCUGGUUUGUUAGAAAGUUUCAGACAUACAAAAGACAAAAAUAGACACAAUAGACUAAGUGAUUCUCAUAGAGGUACCACUAGAUCAAUAAUGGAUCGAAAAUAUUUGGAAAGGCAUCGACAACGUGACAAAAUUGGAAAAGAUAAUUCAAGUCACGAAGUGAAAGAUCGAAAUGGAAGUGCUGAUCGAUUACCACGAAGAUCACAAGAUAAAGAAAAACAUAAGAAAGAUAAGAAGAAGAAGGACAAUAGAGAUAAACGAGACCAUAGCAAAGCAGAUGCAAACCGCGAUAAAAGAGAAGAAGGAAAAGAGAAAAGAGAAAUCGAAAAGGAAAAACGGGAGGACGCAAAAGAGAAGAGAAACGGGACUAAGAAUAAAAAAGAGAAUGCUAAAGAUAAACGAAAUGAUAUUUCUGAAAUAGACGCAGAAAGCAAGGAUAAGAAGGAAAAAGAUAAAGAUAAUAAGAGCAGAGAAAAGGAAUUUAUGAAAUGUAACUCUUGGGCGGAAGUACGAAAAUGUGGUUUAGAUCUCAAUGAUAUUGUUCAAUCUAAAAGACGUGACAAUACAGAUCGGCCAUUGAGAAAUAGAACAGGGCAAGAUUAUUUGCGCCACUUCGAACAGAUGUUACUGCUCAGCAAUCAUCAUCUGAAACGUCACUCGCUGAUAGCCGAGGGGAUUGACGGACCCAAAAAAUAUCCACCCGAAUCGAUAAAGAUGACAAAGCGAGCAAGAGGUCCUCAAUUGUUAUAUUGCGAAAAUCCACGUACGUCACUCUUAUUGAGCAUCUCGCAGCUCCUGCAAGUUGUGACUCCUGAUCGUCGCGAGAAAAUAAGAGACAUAUGCGAGGCGACUUCUUCACGGGUUGAUAUGGGAAAUCUAGACGUAAUAAUGGAUAAGCGUAAUUGGUAUCAGCAAAUGGACAAAGACGCCAAAUAUCAUAAGGAUCCCAAGUGGCAAGUGCAACUUCCUAGAUCGAAGUGGGACAGCGAGGACGAAGAAAUGUCGUCCACUAGUAUGAUAAAGGAUAAUAUCGAGAAACCGAAAAACAAGUUGCAAGUUUCUUUAAGCCAACAGGAGAGAUGUUCCACGUCCUCCACUGUAACGGACGAAGAUAAAGUCGACAAUAACGUUGAGAAAAACGAGAUGGGAGACAAUGAGUCCAGCGAGAAGACAAUCGACAACAUGACAACGAAUGACGAGACUUCAGCGUCUCCUAUACAGCUGGAAUCCACUGGAGAUGAGAAAUUAGCCUCAGAGUACGAGCAAUUUAUGAAGAUGGUGUGUACCGACAUACCCGUACCAACUUCCGUGACCGAGGUGACCAAGGAAUAUUCUCCGAAGAGAAAUCCGCAGAAAUCCGUUUCUCCACGUAGCUAUCAUGAAUUCAAUAUAGAGUCUAACUUGGAGGAAGACAGCGCGAGCAUCGAAAUGUCGUUGAAGGAAAAGUUCGAAGAGAAAGACAAACUGCAAACACUCGAAGGGUCAAUCAAGAGCACGGAAUGCGAGGAAUCUAUUCUGUCCACAGACUGUCAAAUACAAAUCAGUGAAAGUAGUAUACGAGACGAGCAUAUGUCUGACAAUAACGAGACUGACGAUGACUCCAAAUCAAUACCAAGUGAUUGGGAGAACGUUAGAAUCAAAGUGGAACGGUUAAGCGAUGAAAACACCGAUUCUAGGGAGGUAAAAAAGAAGAAGAAGAAGAAACAAAAGCAGAAAAAAAUAAUAUCCAGUAGUGAUUCGGUCAGCAGUUCCAGUUCCUCCGACUCUGAGAAAGAAAGGAAGAAGAAAAGACGCAAACGUAAGAUACAGGAUAAUUCGUCUUCGGACUCCGAUAGCACGGAUAGCAGUAGCAGCAGCAGCAGUAGUAGCAGUUCCAGCAGUUCAGAUGAGAAGAGAAAGAGAAGACGGAAGAAAAAAAUUGGAAAGAAGAGAAGAAAGGCGAGACGUGCACGUACAAAGAAAAAGCGGAGGAGAAAGAUGAGCACCGAUUCGAGUAGCAGUGAAUCGGAAGAAUGUACAAAAAAGAAAAAGAAAAUUAAGAGAAAAGCAAAAGAAGCCAAACAGCUUGAUGCCAAAUCUAUUAACAAUGGGGACAUCAACAAAGUGAUAUCUGAAUCGCCUGUAAUAGCGUCGCCUUCAGUGACUCCAGUAAAGAAAAUAAAAGAAGAAACGACAAUCGAGGAUACGAGGGUUGAGCAGGUGACACCGAGACGCAAGAGCAUAAAUGCGCGCGACAAUGAAUGCGCGAAGCUUAGGAAAGGCAAAAAGGACAGCAAAUCGAACGAGAGCUUUAUGGAAGAAUGGGAGGUAGAUUCUAUGAUCGCGACGCAGCAGAAUGAAGGCGAUACGUCGAGUCAGGAUAACAUUGAAGGGUUGGAGAAAAUGGACGACUCAGAGAAAGAUAAACACCGAAGGAAAAGAAAGCAAAGUCGAGACAACAACGAGAAAGACAAGGAUAGAUUGUCUAAAAGUAGCGAAGGUGGGAAAGGACGGUCAGACGAAGAACUUGACGUAAAGAGGAAACGAAGACGGGAGAAGGAUAUUCGAAGCAGCACUGAAUUUCUAGCAGACUGGGAGAGAGAGGGUGAACGCAUCACUCAGCAGAUGAUACAGAACGAAGCAAAGUUUUUGAAAAAAUCGGAAAAGCAAAAGAAGGAGAAAUGGGGAGAGACCGAUUUCGACACAUUGAACGUACCAUCUUUAACCCAGCUCGAGAAGGAAGUAUGUCGGAAGCAACUUCUAGCGGACGAAUGGGAAGUAGACAGCUUGGAAGCGAUAUCGGAUUUGACCUCGAGCAAACGAAAGAACAGUCUGAGCGCAUCUAAAAAGACGGAGAAGGAAGUCAGAUACGACAAGAAAACGGAUACCUACAUCGCGAUAGAAAAGGAAACUGCGAGGGAAAUGAAAAAAAGACAAGAACGUUUUUGUGCAAUAAGAAUCUGGGAGGAGGAACAAGAGGAGGGCGAAAGGGAAGAGAUGAUGCUUCUGGAACAGAAGAAUAAGUGCAAGAGAGACGACUGGGACAUAGAGGAGGAAUCGUUCUUGCGUAAGAGUGGCGAGGAAAUAAAGAUUCACAAGGUGGAUGCAAUUAUCAAGGUGGAGAAGGAAUGGAGUAAAUUGGACGAAAAUACGAGUUCUAGAGAAGAUCCAACUAAAUCGAUGAUGAAACUCGAAUCAGUUGGUUCCAAGCGAGUCAAGAAAAGUCGUUGGGAUAUGGGUUCGCAAUUAGAAGAGAAACUAGAAGCUAAAGACAUAUGGGAGGAAGAUUAUGCCGAAUGGUCCAACCUUAACAAGUGUGAGCAGAAACUCGAGAAAACUGAGAAGGAGACUCCUCGUAGUGCGGAUUAUUCGGAAAGCUCCUCCAAGUCUGACCUGAUAGAUUUUUACCACAGUAAACCGCAUGAUAGAGAAUCCCUGGAAAGAUCUUGGACAUCGGAGGAAGUGACGAACAAGCUUGCACAAACGAAGAAAGCGGAGGAAAAUACAUCGACGAAGAAUUUGAUCACCGUGAUCGCAAGCGAAGAGCAGACUGCCACUAAGGAGCAUCAGACCAGAGAUCAGUUCAAAGAGAUUCUGGAGUUGGAUACAAAAUACAAGGAGAAAACCAUAGAAUUGUACAGUCCUAGCUCUCCGGCGCUCUCUCAAAAAUCUCAGGAUAUAGAAGCUUCUAAUGACAGUAGCUGUACCAAUUCUUCAUUGAGCAAGAAGCCGAGAAAGGAGAUAUUGAUCACGGAGGAACUGUCGAUUCCUACGACCAGUAUACCCUUGCAAUUGGCGAAGCUGCGCGACACUAAGCAUCCAGCGAAUGAGAAGAUCGAAAAUGUUUUGGACGUGCAGCUGGAACGUAAGAUGUCCCCCCACAAAUUCGACAUUAAAAAGGUUGGCGAUUUAUUCGACGAUUUACCGAUGAAUGAAUCGUGUCUGGACACUCAUGGGUCCAAAUCGGUGCAUAUGGACAUCUUCGCUGAAUAUGAAUCCGAAAAGUUGUGCGACAAGCAGCAACGUGUCUCGAGCUCAACAGUGCACGUUAAGGACGAUGAGGUGAACGAAGAGAAGACGGCGGCGCUCAAGCUCAUUCCCAAACAGCUGCUGAUCCGACGACCUAGCGAGCAAGCGAAACCAAAACACGUGUUAGUAGAAACUCCCUUACAGGAUCCUGUCCAGCAUGCAGCGGCUCUGCUGACGAUACAGAAGAAACUAUUGGAGUCUCAUGCGUUGAAGAACGAUAACAAUGAGACUCCGAGAUACAUCACGGCGAGCAAUAACGAGACGCUCGUUGUCGACAAGAUAUUAGACAGAAAUGAAUUUGACGUCGCUCCCAAAUCGUCGGUAAUCGAAAUGCGACGUUCGAAAUCUCCAGUGUCGGAGAAGCCGGUCUCGGUUCGUUCUGAGCAAUCCGAGAGCUACGACCGAGAGAGCAAAAACGUUGACGCGAAGAAGUACAAGAGUAGAAGUACAAGUUUGAAUGAUACCAGUGCUCAAUCAAGUGUACGAUCUCCUGUACGGGAACAAAGGAAGAGAAGUCCUCCCAAUAGGAAAGACAGUGAGAAACGAUAUUCACACGAUUAUAGUAAGGACAAAAAGGAGAGAAAAUUCGAUGACGUGGAGAAGUCCGACAGGAAAGAGAGAAGUUCCAAAGUGGACUUCGUCGACAGCCGCAGAAAAACGAGUUCUCCGUCGCGAGGCAGAAGAAAAAGGAGCGGUAGCCCGUACAUCUCGUGGGAACGGCAGGGCAGUGGGAGUGGAAGUCCAGGACACAGCUGGAGCAGAAGUCGCAGUAAGAGCCCGAAGAGGAAAGAUGAAGGUAUCGGUUCCACGAGUACUCGGGAUCGGGAGAAGAAACGGGACAGGUACGAUGAUGAACGGCCAAGUAGAUCCAGAAUGGACGAGAGAAGAGAGAAAUAUAUGCGAUCAUCGCCUCGUCCCAGCUAUGACGAAGGUAAAGAUAACUUUAAGAAGCACGGUUCUAAGAGUAAUCGUGACGAUUGGGAUAGAAGGAGGCAUGACAGUCUGGAUAGAGACCGCGAGAAGGAUAUUAGGUCCUACGAUCCGAUGGAGAUGUUGCGAGAGAGAACGGUAGAAUCUGAAAAAUACAGGGACAGCAGGUUUCGCGCAGAAGGGGAAGUGGAUCGUUCAUUUUGGCAAUACGAGACUAGCAAUCUCCUACGAGAUGGUAACGAGUCUAUGGAUUCCUAUGUUGUCGCACAAGACAUCCCCGCAGCCCCGCCCGAAUACGACGAUCGACCUUAUUACAGAGAGGGCAGUUUAGAAAGGGACACCAGGCAGUGUUCACCACAGUUGACGAGAUACAGAAGGAGGUAUUCUCAAAGCAGAUCCAGCACAAAAAGAGAACGACAAUGGGAAAGAGACAAAGAUUCCUCUGUCCUGGAUCGUCACGAUCAUCUCACACACAGGCUGGACAAACCGCGAAGCCGAACACCGUCACGUUCAAGGGUCUCGCCCGCGCGACAACCAGCGGAACGGUUCCGACGACAAUCCAGAUCACGCUCAAGAACGUGGUCAAGAUCACGGUCUAGGUCGCGAUCAAGAUCACGAUCACGAUCAAGAUCACGCUCCCGAUCAACAUCGAGAUCAAGACUGAGAAGACUGAGAUCGAGGUCGAGAAGUCGAUCUCGUUCUCAGUCGAACUCCAGAUCGCGGGCGAGAUCGUCCUCUAUGUCGAAGCUGAGGAGCCCAGAACACGGACUGAGAAUGUCGGAAUUGCGGUCUUCCAGAUCUCCUUCACCCGGAAGAGAUCGGUUUAGCGAAAUAGGAAGGGAAAGGAAGGAUGACGGUGAGAACCGAAAGCUCAGCGUCUGUGGUGAAAGAGGCAGACGUAUAGAAACCAUUGUACAAUCGGGGGCGAAUAUAUUGGAUUCAGAGAUGGGCAUCAAUAGCAGUAUAGACGGCUCCGUUACGAGCUUCCAAUAUCCAAGCGAAAUUGAGGGUAGAAAUGAAUAUUAUUAUACAGAGAACAAUUUGACUUAUCCACCUUGCAUGGACGAAUCCACUACGAGCUCUCCGAAACGUUUGUCGCUCGAUGACAGAUUAGAGCUAGAGUUAGGAAUUAAAAAGCAGCAAAGCAAGGAUUCCACUGGCAUAUCUUCCGAAUAUUCCUCCAGUUUUAACUCCAACGUCAUAGCGUAUCCGUCUCCGCCGCAGCAGCAACAGCAAAUGAUGUACCGACAGCAACCUACUGUUUUACAGGUCGGCAAUGUCUUGCAAGUGGUACCGGCGGAUUUCAACGGAGUGCAAUCAGUGCGUCGUGAAGUAGCCGCGUCUGGGAGUACAUCAGCUGUACGUGGAUCCAGCCAAGUAGUGCGUGUAGGUAACGUUCUCCAAGUGGUACCCACAUCGUUAGACUGGAGCAGUGGUAGUGGUGGUGGGAACGGCGGCAACAGCAGCAACGGAAGCAGCGGUGGUGCCGGUUCCGUUCAAUCGUCUUCGAAUACGGAUCAGUCGAGCGGGGUCUUGUACGCCUCAGCGGUGCCGGCACCUUCGCCGGCGACCUCCUCAAUGCCCAUAACCAUGCCGGUCCCUGCGCCGGUCCCGCUGCCCGUACCACCGGCUACGGGCGUUUCUGCUACAACUAUAUCGCCAGCUGCCUCACUGUCGCUCUCGUUACCAGUUCCCGUGCCUGUGCCAGUCCCGAUUCCCACAGCGACGGCAACAUUUCCUCCAAGAAAUGAGGUCCAGCCACAGAAAAUUGCUCAACCGGUGUACAAUUACGAAGCUAUCCUCGAGACUCGUCGCAAAGAACGAGAAGAGCGUAAGAGACUGCGCGAGUUACGCAGGAAAGAGAGGGAGCGUAGGAGGAUAGAACGUACGAAUCGACGAGCGCUACGUCUCUUAGAGAAAAACAACAUGCUUGCGCGACCAUCUACCGGAGUCUCAGAUCGCCGUAAAGGCUCGAUCGUGGAUCCGUCGGUAUUGAAAGCACUUCGCGAAGGAGAAGAAUCGGGUGAGACAGAAUUUCAAUUGACUAACGUUGGAAAGGAUGAAGAGGAAGUGAUAACAACCCCUGCGACUGUACUCACAGAAGAGGACGAGGAUGCAGUUGCGGAUGAUGAUGAAGAUGAAGAAGAGGAUGAAGCUGAGGCCGAGGCCGAAGCUGAAGUUGAAGACGACGAAGAAGAAGAGGAAGAAGCGGAAGACGAAGACGAGGAUGAUGAAGAUGACGAAGAGAAAACAACACAAAUGAUCAAUCAACGAGCUGAAGUUGACGAAACCACGGCAGGAACGUCCACUGAUGUCAGUAAAAGUCAGGAAGUUGAGAAUAAAGAACGAUUCGAGUUACCACCUCCACCACUGAAAGGCAUUCUGGUCGCAUCGGGCUUCAGGGAUGUGGUUUCCAACGGCAAGGUGGACGAUAUGUCGGAUGCGGAUGGCGAUACAGAGGACGGUAGCGAUAAAGACGAAGAAAUAGAUAAGAAUAAUGAACAUGAUAAAGAUGCGAGCGCAGAUGACAAAUUUGGUACAUCCAAGCCACGAUCCAAGUCAAAAUCAAAAUUGGCAAGACACCUGAAGAGGAGAAACAAGAAAUCAGUUCAAUUCGCUGAUGGUAUAAAACCUGGUGAAGGAACCAGUCCCAGCGGCGGUGAGGGCGAUAUGCCAUCGCCGCCACCUCCCACAGCGAUAGGUUUCCGUGACGAGUUAAAAGACUUGAGAAGAGACAAGAUGUAUAGCUCUCGAAAGAAUAGGAAGCAGGAGAAACGAGCGAGGCCGCCGAAGACGAAGAAGAAAGUCAAGGUGAAGAUAAUCAAGCUGAAGAAACCGCGCAUAACACCGCUGACAGCCAUGAUGAUGGACGAUUCCGACGAAUUGGACGACCGUUCGCCACCACCACCGCCUCCUGGUUCUCCACCACCUCCACAUCUGUGGCCCAGUUAUUUAUCGGCUUACAACACAGCGAUUCGAGCUACCGAGCUGCCACCACCGCAGAUCACGACAACCACGUUAACACCCGUUCAAGCUCCACCACCGCCAACUCCGUUGCCUCUUCUGGUUCCGCCUCCUCCGUUAAAUUACACUAUUCAACCUUGCAGUAAAGCUUAAAGUCAGCUGCGAAUCCAACACAAACUAGUGUUUCGAGUGUAUUUUUCCCCAUCGUGAGACGCACGGUGAUACGGCGAGAAAAUUGUAAUGAAUUGUGUAGUUUAUAAGAGAUAUAUAUCGUGGUCUCUCAAGGAAUCGAUGAAAUUUCGAUGACAUUGAAAUUCAAAAAGAGGCUACACCGAGUAUGCGUCGAUAACCGACAUUGUAAAUACGUAAUCUUCGCAAUAUAGACGUCGCACUCCGACCAAAAGAUUGUUAUGAACCUUUAUCCAUUGCGUCCGUAAGUUUUAGUAACAUCUCUUCAUACCGACAUAACUCGGUUCGUAUAUUUUCGAUAUCGGAGAAACGCCGAACAUACGUUAUUAGAGAGUUGUACUGGCAAUGGAUACAGUGUAAUUACUUGUCGAUUAUAUAUCAUCGAUGAAAUUUAUUAUUAAGCGAGCACAUUCUUAUGCAAUGUAUGUACAUUGUAUCAUAUUAAUUUGUCACAAAUACACGUGACUCGAAUAUA